AGAGGUGGUAGAGGACGUAGAAGACGAGGCCAUGGCUCUUGGUAAUGCUUGGAAGAGUGCGAAGCCAUACUUGGCCAUGGUUUUCCUGCAGGUGGGUUAUUCCGGGAUGUACGUGGUCUCCGUCGCCUCCCUCAAGCGCGGCAUGAGCCACUACGUGCUUGUCGUGUACAGGAAUGCUGUGGCUGCAGCCGUCGUUGCUCCCUUUGCUCUGUGGUUUGAACGGAAAACGAGGCCCAAGAUGACACUUCCCAUCUUCCUCAAGAUAAUGGCUAUGGGAUUAUUGGAGCCUGUGCUCGACCAAAACUUCUACUACAUGGGCGCCAAGAACACAUCGGCAAGCUUCUCCUCUGCCAUCUACAACGUAUUGCCUGCUAUGACUUUUGUCAAUGCCAUUAUCCUUAGGAUGGAGAAAAUUGAUAUCAAGAAGCGACGUAGCCAAGCGAAGGUUGUCGGUACUCUGGUGACGGUGAUCGGUGCACUGCUCAUGAUACUGUACAAAGGCCCGGCCAUCGAGUUUAUAUGGACGAAGGGAAGGAGCCAUCACGCCGACGACGGUAGCCAAAACCAAAGCCACUGGCUUGUCGGCACGUUCAUGCUCUUGUUCAGUUGCUUCUGCUGGUCUGCGUUCUUUAUACUGCAGUCGCAUACCUUGAAGUCCUAUCCUGCAGAGCUCUCCUUGAGCACCUUGAUAUGCCUCACGGGUGCAGGACAAAGUGGAGCCCUUGCUCUCGUGAUGGAGCGCAGUGCCCAGCCUUGGUUGAUAGGAUUUGACACGAGACUCUUCACGGCCGUUUACUCCGGAAUAAUGUGCUCUGGAAUUGCCUAUUACGUUCAAGGGAUGGUGAUGAAGGAAAGAGGCCCUGUCUUCGUCACAGCCUUCAACCCUCUUUGCAUGAUCAUAACAGCUAUAAUGGGCUCCAUUAUUCUAGCAGAGGAUAUCACCCUGGGAAGACUUUUGGGUGCAGUCAUAAUAGUCAUCGGUCUGUACUUCCUCAUAUGGGGUAAGGGCAAGGAUCACUUGGCGCAACCCUCAGAGACCAUCGCGAAGGACGCGGCACUCGUGCUGCCGAAGGUUGCAGACGAUGCCAACAAGACGACUUCGAUCGACCACGUCACUGUCAUCGACGUCCAACCUUCGAAGCAUCCCUAAAGGCAAAUAAGCUCCGGUUUCUCUACGUAACUAAGCAUCCAUCACCUAUCUUAGCUCUCGCUGUAGGAAAACAUACUCAAUACUGAAACGAAGAAGAUGACUCGGAUCGGAUACAGCUUUAUAGUGUCGAAUGUUCGCUAUGCGUGAACAAUGAUACGAGUAAUAUGCUUGUAAUUUUUGUCGUUAGCUGUUACUAUCAUGAU